GUUGUGGGCAUACGAGCAGUGUCUUCUUCUUCUUCUUCUUUCGAGUGAAGCGUGGAGGAAUACAGCAGAAAGAGAGGGGAGCUGCUGCUUCAGAGCCGCAGUUUCCACUUCAUUGUUGGUGUGGUCAAAUUGAUUGAUUAUUAGUUUGGGUGGGGAAUCAUGUCAGUCGAAGGUGCAGGGGAUGUAGUGACGAGGACGAGGAGGACGGGGAGAAUGGAUUUCUGGCCGGAGUUUCUGGCCACCACUUGGGGCAAGGAGUUUGUGGCCGGGGGGCUGGGCGGCAUGGCCGGAAUAUUCACCGGUUAUCCGCUCGAUACGCUCCGAAUCCGCCAGCAGGACCAGCGCCUUUCCACUUCAACUUCAACCAUACCUAAGACUGGUUCCACCUCGACUUCGGCAUUGGCCAUCCUCCGGCGGGUGGCCGCAACCGACGGACCCCUCGCCCUCUACCGCGGCAUGUCCGCUCCUCUUGCCUCCGUCACUUUUCAGAAUGCCGUGGCUUUCCAGAUCUACGCAGUCUUGUCCCGGGUGUUCGACUCUAAGGUGGCUGCCUCAGACCCCCCUUCCUUCAAAGGAGUCGCCCUCGGAGGCAUCGGCACAGGCGCCAUCCAAAGCCUAAUGCUCACACCCAUCGAACUCCUCAAGAUCCGCCUCCAACUCAGCGCCACCCACCACAGAGGUCCGGCUAGCCUCGCCAGAACCAUAUUCCGAACCGAAGGCUUCCGGGGACUUUACAGAGGCCUCACGGUCACAGUCCUCCGGGACGCCCCCGCCCACGGCGUCUACUUCUGGACAUACGAGUACGCGCGGGAGAAGCUGCACCCGGGGUGCCGGAAGAGCGGCCAGGAGAGCUUCCAUACCAUGCUGGUCGCCGGAGGCCUAGCCGGAGUGGCGAGCUGGAUUUGUUGCUACCCUUUGGAUGUGAUCAAGACUAGGAUUCAGGCCGAUCCGCAGCCAAGAUACAGGGGAAUCGUAGAUUGCUUCCGGAGGAGCGUAGAGGAAGAGGGCUUCGGUGUAAUGUGGAGAGGAUUGGGGACUGCAGUUGCAAGAGCUUUUGUAGUGAACGGGGCCAUUUUCACUGCGUAUGAAACCGCUCUAAGAUUCUUUAACACCAAUGCCACCAACAACAACAAUCAUACUAAAGCAUGAAAUUUAUGAUAUAUGAUUGUUUCAGAGCACAAAAAAUCAUUGAACUGAACGCUUCAAAGAUAUGCAGCAAUGAGAAUUUUUAUUGUUCUAUGUUUUGUAUCUUCACGCCCAUUGACACAAAAGCACACACUAUUAGAAUGAUAUUAGUUCAAGGAAAAGAAACGUUACCACCACUAUGCCUAAUCUGCAUACAAGAGCACAGAAUGGAUGGAAACAUUCAAAAGGUACUUCCAGAACCAAAGUGUUCAACCAUGUUCUCAGUGAGAUUCAGUCGGCCGAUGGCUUCGUCCAGCCCGGAGCUCAUCUCCGCCAACACACGCGGAUCGUUGUAGUUUCUCACAGCCUGCACAAUUGCACGAACCCGCUUGUACGGGUCCGGACCCUGAAAGAUUUCUGGGCCUACGAAUACUCCGUCGCAACCCAAUUGCAUCAUAAGCGCGGCGUCGGCGGCCGUGGAAACGCCUCCGGCAGCGAAAUGCACGACGGGGAGACGACCCAUCUGCUUGGUCUGGGCCACGAUGUCGUAAGUCGCAGCGAUCUUCUUGGAGAAGGUGAAAACCUCGUCCUCGUCCAUGUUUGUGAGAACUCUGAUUUCGCCCAUCACUUUCCUCACGCUGUGAACUGUGUCAGCAAUGUUGCCGGUUCCAGCUAGGUCGCCUUGAAUCCUUACCAUCGCCGCGCCUUCUCGCACUCGCCUCAAGGCCUCGCCGAGAUCCCGACACCCACAGGCAAACAGCACCCCGAAAUUGUGCUUGUUGAUGAAAUUGUCUUCGUCGGCCACGGCAAGAGCCUCGCUCUCGUCGAUGUAAUCCACGCCAACGGCCUCGAGGAUUUGGGCUUCGACGAAAUGCCCGACUCGGACUUUCGCCAUUAUCGGAAUUGAGACCGCCCGCUUGAUCUCCUUGAUGAGGGAUG